AUGCAUGACUAUAAAUGGGAAGGUAAAGAAAAUCUAGAAAAAGUAGUUGAGAGAAUUAUUAUAGAUUACUUUGAAGAUACUGAAUUAGCCAGUGAAUUGAAAAAAAUUGGAAACUAUGAAAAUUUAGAAGCAAAGGUAGAGGAGCUAGAAGAAAAAGUAAAAAUAGUACAGGAACAAGUUGAGGAAGUUGUAGUAACUGCUCAAGCAGAAGACAUAAAAGAAAAAAACAAGAAACUCAAGAGUGCUAGUAAAAAGAUUUCUUAUCUAGAAGUUUGA